AAGAAGCAAAGGCAUCCUCGGGAAAGCGAAGGAAGAGGGUGUCGGGUGAAUGGAGCAGAGAGACAACGGAGAGCGCAGAGCUGCAUUGAACAGGCUUGUUGAGAAAUCUCAACUAAUUUAACUUCUGCUGCAAUGGAUGGAGACGCAGUGAACCAGGAGACACUUGAGUUUUCAGAGGGGGCAAGUCAGACUGACUCAAGCGACAAGCAGCAGAGAGAUGAACCAGAGCUUGUGCAGAACACCGGCCCAAAAGGUGGGACUCCAGAAAAGGCCGCGGUGGAAGGUCAGGGGCUCAAAGCAGAGGUGAAGGAGGACCCCACACCACAAGUGGGGGGUGAGGAGGCUGCAGACACACCCCCACUAUGGACAGCUGCUUCAAAGUCGGUUGAAGGUGUCACUGAAGGCACAGAACAAGACGGGAAGGACACUGGGGAGAAAGAGAAGGGGGAUGAUAGGAAGGAGGUCAAAAAUAGAGAUCUCGGGGAGAAGAAGGUCAAGAGCAAAGAGAAAGUUGAAGAAAACGUAACUGAAGAUAAAAGUGUUGUUCAAAAGCCAGAAAAGGUGGAAGAGGAGAAAAAACAAGUCAAAGAAGAUCAAGCAAAAGACAAAGAAAGGCUAAAAGAGGCUGAAAAACAAGGGAAGGCCAAGAGAAACCCAAAAGCCACAGCUCAAGUUCUGUCCCGUCCGAGACCCUCAGCUCGCUCUGGCCGAGCAUCCAAAAAGAGUGACAUCAUCGCUAAGUUCCAACAGGGCGCACCUGAGACACCAAUACCACGCAACUUCAAAAUUCAGAAGUCAUCCACAGCUUCAGCUACAGGGUCUUCCAUCAAACAGAGAAUUUUGCAGUGGUGCCGCAGCAAAACCCAACACUAUCAGGGCGUAAACAUAGAGAACUUCUCCUCAUCUUGGUGUGACGGGAUGGCUUUCUGUGCGUUGAUCCACCGCUACUUCCCCGACGCUUUCGACUAUAAUGCUUUGAAACCCACUGAAAGGAAAAAGAACUUCACUCUGGCCUUCCAGACUGCAGAGUCGCUGGCCGACUGCUGGCCACUGCUGGAAGUGUCUGACAUGCUCAUGAUGGGCAACAACCCGGACCCUAUGUGUGUGUUCACCUACGUCCAGUCCCUGUGUCACAGCCUCUCCAAACUGGAGAAAGAGAAGAAGGACAAAGAUGAAAAAGAGAAAGAGGAGAAAGAGACGGAGGAGAGAGUCAAAUUAGAUGAAGAGAAGGAUGAGAAGGGAGAGGAUGCUUCCAAACAGAUGUCAGUGGACAAGGAUGAAGCCGAUCAUGCUGAGAAUGGGACACUGAUGAGUGGCCAGGAGGAGGAAGGCGGAGAUAGCUCAGAAACAAGUAGAAAGGAAGAAAAAGCACCAAAGAGUUGUGAGACGGAGGGAGAUGGAGGAGUGUUUGUGGAGACAGAGUCCUAGGAAAGAAAUGACCCCCUCAAAUAUUUUUUGCUCAAGGGUAUUGAAAAACGUCUUAGUUCGUUGUCGGUUGACACUCUCACUUAUAUAAGCUAUCUCAUGGUUAUUUUUGUAAAAGCUGAUGUUUUGUUCCUAUGCAAAUGAAGAAGACAUCUGCCUUUAAAUUCUAAUGAUUGUGUAUUCUAAGAAAAUAAAUGAAACUAUCAAUCGUUUUUCAUGA